AUGAACCAUGAAGAAUACUUCAAGACAAAGCACCCGGUAUAUACAAACAUUUCAGCACAAUUUACGGGCAUAGGACACCUUGUGAUUGACGGUGGGGCCCUUAUAAGCAAUAUCAGCAAAAGGUAUGGGGUUGGAUAUGAAAGCCUCCCCCUCCACACAUACAUGCAUGGAACUAGGUUUAUGUUGUCGAACCUUCAGAAGGCAGGGUUCCACGACAUUAUGGUGUUUUUCCGAGCAGAGUAUGGGCACAGAAAGGUGAUUAGGGAAUAUCUUAUGAGGAGGUUUGAUUUCAUGGAUAUUUCCCAGGUCUAUGAGUACAUUGAGAAUGAAAGGGUUGCACUUGUUCUUGGGGGAAGCGAGGAAGAUGAGCUUAGAUUUCUAUAUGAAUGUCUCGGGAUCAGUCUUUACUGUGGGGUUCUUGACCAUAUGGAGUUCAGGGUUCCGAAUGUCUACGCAUUUGUGUACAGUCCACUUGAGCGCAGAGUGGAAAGGAAAGCUAUGGUCUUCCAUAGCGAGGAUAGUGAUUCCGAGGGGUGGGAGGGCAUAGACGAUGAGAUCAAGAAGAUCAAUCCUAUGAUGAGCCUGAAGGAGGUUGAUGAACUGUUCAAGUCCAGGACCAAAGCUUUUAGGCCUUGCAGCUUUUCUGUGCCUACAGAGCUGUGUAGGAAACUUAUUAAGAUGUUCAGAGACAGGACGUCUGGAGGAAUGAUAGACUUUGAUGGAAGGCUCCUUCUUCGUGAGGGAGAGUCCGAGUCUGAGGAGGAGCUUAUCGGCUAUGAUGAGAUUAUCAAAGACGGGCAUAAGGACAUUGAGAGCAAGAAUGUCGGGAUGGAGUUGGACUUACUAGUAAGCGGGAAGGAGAUAAGCCCGGGGUCUGCGGCUGCACACAUGAAAAACAUAAGGAAGUCUGCACAGUCGCUGUUUGAUGGGAAGCUACUGUACACGCCGAUUGUUAGGACGAAGGGGGGGAAGGCGCCGAAGAUGUCACAGAAGCAGAGGCAGAUUAUAGAAGAGAACGAAAGGAGGAUGAGAGAAGAGAAAAAGGCAAAGGAGACAGCAUGGCUCAAGAACUUUUUUGGAAAGUAUAAGGCGCUUGAUUACCAGGGAAAGAAGAAUCUCUUGGAAAGUGUCAAGCGCGAUGGAUCUGGGAUUUAUAGAAGAGUUCUCCUGCUCAAGAUCGAGUUCUAUGCGGACAUGUGGAACCUCAAGAAAAGAUCUGAGGACUGUGAUGAGAGUAUCAUUGUGCCGUGUUACCUGAGCUGCAUUGAAUACAUCCGUGAGUUUGGAAAGCUUGGGCUCGAAGAUCAGGCGCCAGAUGCGGAGCUUGAGUUCGUAUUUCAGAACCUGAUUGGGUGUGGGUUUGAGGCAACUGUUAGAGAGUUGGUUGAGAAGCAUGGGCUUGGGCACCUGAACCUUGAAUUCUUUACCGAUGACACAAGUGCACCCAGUGAAUUUGAUAUCUGCUUCCAACUUAAGCACACCGGAGAUAAGCUCCAAAGAAGUGUGAAUUCGAAGAAGGAUCCCCGUGUUCUGUUCAAGCCUGACGAGUGGCAAGUGCGACUUCUCGACCUUGUUGACAAGAACAAGAGUGCUGUGAUAUCUGCGCCGACAAGUGCUGGGAAGACGUUUAUAUGUUUCUAUGCAAUUGAAAAGAUCCUGAAGGAGAGCGACACCAACAUGGUGAUUUUUUGCCUUCCCACCAAGGCUCUUGUCAACCAAGUGUCUGCAGACAUAUACGCUAGGUUUACUGCAAAGGUGAAUUCCAAGACCUUUCUGCAGGGAAGUCUUAUGAAAGAGUUUUCGAUAGCUCCUUGGAACUGCCAGGUUCUGAUAGUGAUCCCAUCUCUUCUGGAGUCUGUGCUGAAUACACCUCCCAAGGGGUUUCUUGAAAGAGUCAAGUACAUAAUUAUCGACGAGGUCCAUAAGAUCAGCAGCGAAGAGAUGGGCAUUCCGAUAGAGAGGAUAAUCCACCUAUCUCCGUGUCCUAUGCUAGUCCUGAGUGCAACGCUUGGAAAUAUUGAAGGGUUCUAUGGAUGGAUGAAGAAGAUUGAGGAGGAGAAGGGAAGAGAGUGCGAACUUGUUUCCUAUGACGAGAGAUACUGUGAGCUGAAGCCCUAUGUCUAUUCUUGCGAGUUCAAGCCAAAGAUAGUGCCGAUAAACAAUCUGUUUGCAUACUCCUAUUCGCACAUAAAAAGGUUUGGGUUUGGAAAUGACAUGAGCUUUCUUCCCGAAGAGCUUCUCCAUUUGUAUGAUUCCAUAUGUGCGGUUCUUAGUAAAGACCAGGAGCAUCUGAUUGGCAGGAUAACGCCUGAGAAUUUCUUCAAGAGCAACAUAGUGACAAAGAAGGAAGUGAGGGAAUACGGAAAACAUCUUCUAGAGACGUUCCAAAAGAUGAUUGAAGGAGAUCUGCUAUCUGAGAAGCAAGUGAAGUAUGUCUACAAGCUACAGACAAAGGAGGCAAGAAAGGCCUUCGAAACUGUUGCUGACUAUAGUAACGAGUAUCUUCUUGAAAACAUCCUUGAUCUUCUCAUGGAGCUUAAGGAAAGAGACAUGUUCCCGUGCAUAGUCUUCAAUACGGACAGGGACUUUGCUAGCAAGCUUGCACUGAAGGUGUACCAGCAGUUGGAAUCCAUGGACAUGGAGAAGAAGAAGGACAAGUUCAUCGAGAAGAUGAAGAAAGAGGCGAAGAGAGCAAGAGAUGCUGAGAAGACGAAGGAGAGCUGGAUCGAGGAAUCCAUUGCAGCAGAAAAGAGUUUCCAGAUGAGAAGCGACAAGAAGAACAUCAAGUACACCUUCCUCGACCCCCUAACCAAGCUGACUGAUUACGAGCUUUCUGAAGAGACCAAGUUCAUAAAGAAUACCAGCUUUGAGUUUAUUGACAUGAUUUACCGUGGAAUAGGAGUACAUCAUGCACACAUGAAUAGAAAGUACAGGUCUCUUGUUGAGAUCCUAUUCAGGCAGAAGCAUCUGCAAGUUCUCUUUGCAACGGAAACCCUAGCUCUUGGAAUCAACAUGCCUUGCCGGACUGUUGUGUUUGCUGGAGACUCCCUCCAGCUAGACCCCAUGAAUUAUAAGCAGAUGGCGGGACGAGCUGGAAGAAGGGGGUUUGAUACUCUUGGGAAUGUUGUGUUCAUGGGAAUACCCAAGCAGAGGGUGCAGAACCUCAUGGUGUCUUUGCUUCCGAAUAUAAAGGGUGUCUACACCUACACAAACACAAGCUUUGUCGGGUUCGACUUGAAGGACUCACUCAUCAAGAAUCCCUUGAUUGAGAGCACUCUCUACAACGGCCAAGAAGAGCUUUCUAGGACGAUUGGAGGGCUUUCCAUAUCGGGAGACAAAUCUUCACCAUAUGACCUGAGUGACGUUUAUGGGCUCGAAGAAAGAAGGGCCGAGCUUGUAAACUAUCAGCUCAGUCUCCUCAAGCCAUACUUCUUGCCAAAGUCCUAUCUUUGUGACCUUGUGAUAGGAAACAGAGACUCUGAUCCCGGAAUCCUAUCGUUUGCUCUUCUUUUGGAGAGUGGGGCCCUUUCCUUGGAUCCUGAUGCCUUCAUGAUUACAUUGGCACACUUCUUUGAAACAAAGCCUCUCUUGUUCGAUAUGGGCUGUACACUCCCUCCCCUGGAGCCUGCUGUAUAUGAGUUCUGCCGGAAGAUUAAUAGCAUUUCGAAGAGCUCAGUGUCAAAGCUAUACCCGCCGAUUCUGAGAUCUCUACAGAAGAUGUCGUCUGCACCCUUGCAUACUAUCGAUUCCUUCCUAAGAGUGGAGAACCUAGACAAGAUAAAGAACUCAUACCUUCUGGACUUUUUCAGACAUGGGAGCUGGAAUAGAAUUGCCGAGGAAAACUGCAUUGGAACAGGAGAGCUUUUUAAGUCACUGAGCGCCAUCAAUAACGUUGUUUUGUCCCUUAUAAGACUUUACGACACAUACGGCCUCUGCAGCGACGACAGAUCGAAGAUUAUACGCUUCCACUCUAUGUUCGAGCCGAAGUUCAAGGCCAUGUUUGCCUAA